AUGACUAUAAAACCCAUGGCUGCAGCACACCAACAAGGCAGGAAGGCUGACAUGAUGCUAAAGUCAGGGAAACCAGAGGAAGCAAUCUUCUGUCACAGGAGAGCUGCAGAGUAUCUUCUACAAGCAAUGCAGUUAUCCACUUGUAUGAAAGCCAAAGAUUCUAUAUCUCUCCAACAUCAAUUCCAUCUCCGGCAGCAGGAUCUUCUUCAGGAACGCCUUGGCAAGUUACAAUCACUACAGGCAAAGAAAUCUAACAGGAAAGAUUUAACACAAAGUCAAGGAACACAGACAGACCUUUUAAACCUUGAUGGUUCACUGAACAGUGUUGAUGCUGCAUCACAAGCCCUGUCUGACACAGACUCUGUACUGGAAUACCUCAUCAACCGAGAGAAACAGGAACGAGGGCCUUUAUCACCUCAACAGCUUCCAGAAAAGCACAAAAUAGUACAGAAAGUUCCACGAGAUGAUAAAUCAAUUAUUGAAGAAUUGACUAUUCAAAAUGCUGAGCUACGGAAACAUGUACAUAUACUUAUAAAGGACUUGGAUGAAUGUAAGGGAGAUAAUGAGUUCCUACUUCAAAGAGUACUGACUGCUGACAGGCCUGAUCGAGGCUCUGAUAAUAAAGACUUAUUUGGUCGGGUAAUUGAAGAUGAGAAAUCACCAAACUUUGAGUUACCUCCUCUAGAACAGCCUCAUUUCGACUUUGACUCAAUUGGCAUUCCAGUAGAAGCCUUAGACAAUAGUGUUGAGGAAAAAAGUAUUUUUUUCAGUGAUUAAUAUCCGGAAAAUAAUUGUAAUUAUUGAUGGAAGUUACCAUUUUUAUGACAAUUUGUUUUGUAUAUUAUGUUGGGCUGUCACCUAUGAUAUUACAUUUCAUCUUCAAGUGCUAACCUUUUGGUAUCAGGGAGUUUUGCACAACAUGCUUACCAGGGAUAUAAACAGAAAUAUCCAUAGUGGAAUUAGGUAGAGUACUAUUAUCAUUAUUUGAAGCUUUGUUGAUUGUUGUUAAAUCUAUCAUCCAAAUGCUCCCCUUUUUCUAAGGCAAAUUGGUGAUUCUAUGGUGUAGCAGGCUGGCAGUCAGCAAUAUUUUGUCAGGAGCCUAGCUACCCUUGUCAAUAAGUUAAUUGCAAAUGGACUAGGUCCAGAGUCCUUCUACCUACAUGUACAUAAGUUACAGCUUUUUGUUCAUAUUUGAUUCCUAAGCAGAGUGAACCUACCUUUAUGAGAUCUCAUACCUAACAAUACAUAAUCAUAACACAUUAUUUAAGUAAUUUACAUUUACUUGCUCUCGUAUUGGUGGGGCUGCAAUUUGUGUUUCUCAGGAGAUAUUAAACAGUCCUAUACUGUUGUGAUGAUAAAGCAUCUUUUCAUGCAACAUUUUUACUGGCCUUCACAUGAUGUUCAGUGAGAAAGACACCAGUUACUACAAAGAAGCCCAGCCUGAAAAUGACCUAUCUGGGGGUGGUUAAUGGGGUGAUAAUCUCAGCCAUCAAUUACUACCAGGACGUCUAGCCUGAAAAUGACCUAUCUAGGGGUGGUUAAUGGGGUGAUAAUCUCAGCCAUCAAUUACUACCAGGACGUCUAGCCUGAAAAUGACCUAUCUGGGGGUGGUUAAUGGGACGAUAAUCUCAGCCAUCAAUUACUACCAGGACGUCUAGCCUGAAAAUGACCUAUCUGGGGGUGGUUAAUGGGACGAUAAUCUCAGCCAUCAAUUACUACCAGGACGUCUAGCCUGAAAAUGACCUAUCUGGGGGUGGUUAAUGGGGCGAUAAUCCCAGCCAUCAAUUACUACCAGGACGUCUAGCCUGAAAAUUGAACCAUCUAGGGGAAUGGGGCGAUAAUCCUAGCACAUAUCUACCUUGUAUAUCUCUAUAUUCAGUUCUGCUAUUGCUCAAUUUAUGUAUUUAUCUGUGAAACAAGUUAUAAACUGUGCUAAUCUUGGAAGUAAAGUUCAUGUAUUUUCCCCACUUUCACCAAAACUAAAUAUUUAUCUUUAAGUCAAUAUUUCCUUUCUUUUCACAUGGCAUGAAAUACAAAGACUUUGUCAGGAACAUCUAUUGUAUACAAUAUUACUAGAAGAGUGUGUACAUAUAAUUUGAAUGUUGUUAUAUAUUAUAAGGUGUCUUGGGAACUACAGUAUGAAUCCUGUGCUGGUAAUUUGGAAUUAACAUGUUGGGAACUGCCUCAAAAGAUUGUUUUUAUUUUUGUGAUACUUCCUUUCGUAUUUCUGGAAUUAGAGUUCCCAAUAAAAAACACAAUUUAGGAAUUCAUUAUUUUGAUAUUCACAUUACAUUUUUUUGUCAGUAUCAACAAAAUUUUUUUG